AUGAAGCCUGAGAAAGCGUAUCUGACCAUAACUGCAGUAGCAUAUGUGUACAUAACAGUUGCAGCGGUAAGCUUGUGGAAACUGAGGUCAGAUCCGUCUAGUUUGUAUUACUGGAGUGCUAUUUUACUUACACCGGUGUCAUUUUGGCUCUGGAGUGUUAUUUCGUGGAUUGGAGCUGAGAUUUUUGCCCACGCAAAACGGGAAUGA